CGAUCAUGCACGAACUUGAAUACGUGCGUUGGAGCCGUGCGUAUGCCAGUCGCCCGACUAUAUGUAGCCCUAAGCCCGUACUCGACGUUGUUCAAUUCAUGCCAUGAAACUUUUUGAGUCGACGUUACUUCCGUUUUCCAAUGCAGCUGUCCGCAAUAUCACAUACGGCAUUCUCAUCGGAUUUACCUUGUCUAUAACAUCCAAGUCCAUAUCAUCAUAUUGGCGUUCUCGACGACGUCAAAGCCUCUCGCAUGAACCAUUCGAGUCUCGGCCAAUUGAGUUGAGAAGUGACGAGGUCCUGCAUGGUGUCACUGGGUUGAUAGGGAAUACACCUUUGGUGAGGAUCAACUCGUUGAGCGAUGUUUUGGGAGUCGAGAUUCUUGGAAAGGCAGAGUUGAUGAAUCCCGGAGGGAGCGUCAAGGACCGAGUUGCUCUGCGCAUAAUUGAAGACGCAGAGCGGCAAGGUUUGCUGCACCCUCACACUGGAUCCCGCAUUUUCGAAGGCACUGUUGGAUCUACCGGCAUCUCAAUAGCGACCAUAGCAAAGGCAAGGGGAUAUGAUACAACGAUCAUCAUGCCGGACGAUGUGGCCCAGGAGAAGGUGAAUGCGUUGCAGGCCCUUGGAGCCGAGGUCAUGCGUGUUCGUCCUGCGAGCAUCGUCGACAAAAAACAGUAUGUGAACAUCGCUAGGCGAGCAGCCAUCGAAUUCGGACGUUCAGACGUAGUGAAAGGCUUGACGAACGCCCAUAUCAGCCACGAGCUUCAGACAGGUUCUGCAUCUGUGGUAGUCACCACUACGUCGUCGCAUGUCCAUGCAGAAGGCACCAUCGACGACCCGCUGGAUCAAGAUCUGUUAAUCAAACCAAGGGGCUUCUUCGCCGACCAAUUCGAGAAUCGCAGUAAUUUUGAAGCCCAUUAUGAUGGGACUGGUCCAGAAAUAUGGCGUCAAACUAACAGUCAUAUCGAUGCGUUUGUAUCUGGAGCAGGGACAGGCGGGACGAUCGCAGGCACUGGACAAUUUCUUAAAACAAUGAAUGAAGAGGUGCAGGUCGUCCUAGCGGACCCAGAAGGCAGUGGGCUUUAUAACAAGGUCAAGCACGGCGUCAUGUACGACCGCAAAGAAGCCGAAGGGACCAAACGAAGGCAUCAAGUUGACACAGUAGUCGAGGGAAUAGGAAUCAACCGCAUGACAAACAACAUCGACCUAGCGAUCCCAAUCAUAGACGACGCAUUCCGGAUAACUGACGUGGAAGCGGUUGCCAUGUCCCGAUACCUCGUCCAAAACGACGGUCUAUUUCUGGGCUCCAGCAGCGCCUGCAAUUUGGUGGCAUGCGUCAAAUUCGUAAAGAAAAAGGGAUGGCGGGAAGGUCAAACACUCGUCACGAUCUUAUGCGACUCUGGCAAUAGACAUUAUUCCAAGUUCUGGAAUGAUGAAUACUUGCGUAAAGCUAAUAUCCCUGUCGACCGCAGUAUAAUCGACGAUCUAAUCGCCCAACCUGGUUCUGGAGUUUAACAAAUCUCAAUAAUGAAUCCAUAAGUUGCAUGGGAUAAACAAUGUAUGCGAGUGCUAUGGUACAAAUGCUACUUGAUGAAGCAAACGGCGGGAUAAAGAUAGCAAGGACAUCAAAUCGAAGGCCAUAGUUGGGCAGGUAUGCUAGGUGAGCCCCUGUCGCGGGAGGAUGUGGUGAAAUGCGCGAUGUCUCCUUGGAUGGAGAUACACUUAGCGCUGUGUGGGAGAUGCCGUUCAUACUAGAGAAACUCGUUAGUGUCUAGGCUAUGGGGGAAAAGAUAGAUACACAUACGGGGUAUCCUGAGCAGCAGCAGC